ACGAUAGGCAGAAUAACGUAGUGAAAUCAUUAAUCCCAAAAUAUUAACCAUGUGAUGGAGGAUUAAAUUACCAGAGAGGAGUUUUCAUCAUGAGGACGAAGCUUUCGAAUAGACAGCCUACUCGAUAUUGGGAAAAUAUGUAGUAGACUACGAACGGAACGGAAUGCAUAGCAGAGGUCAGCUGUGGGAGUCAGUCGCCCCCGCAGUUUUCUGAGCAAAGGAUGAAGUUACAGAGGAGGAAGCCAAACGGGGAAUAUUCCACUACGGGCAACUAGCAAACUACAUUGUUAUGAAUGGUCCUCACACAAUGCGGUAUUUUAGUCGGCUAUGCUUUGGGGUUUGAUUUCUUGCUAGCCUAUAUAUUUCAGACUUUUUAAUGGCUAAAGAUUAUGCUUAGCUAAAUAUAUGAAAUGCAUAUUUUUUCUGGUGCAUUUCUACCUAUAAAGCUUGACACGUGCCCCCAAAAAUAAUUUCGUUAAUAUGGGAUUUCAGUAUCUUUUAUAUGGAUGUACGGGAGUGGAUAUUGGUACAGCAACAUGUUUGUUAUAGCAAACCUGGGUUAUUGACAAAGGCUAAACAAAUCAUCACGGGCUGCCAUCUGCCAGGACCCCCACUUUUGAAUUGAACAAUGACUGGACCCAACGCCACUAGCACUAGUUCACCUGCAGCUAAAAUGGGGAGGCACCGAUCCAAAAGCACCAGUGGCAGUACGUACUGCAUCUCGAGCCCGGGUGCUGAAUCUGCUACCCUUAGCACCCCCAACAACGCUGGACGUUCAUCGGGAGAGGAAGAGGAGAAAGAUGGGGGGGUGCUAUUUUACGUGAACAGAACUGGUUUUCCCAUUGACGGUGUCACUUGGGAGAGGAUGUGGACUCAUGUGGCCAAAGUACACCCUGAUGGACAAGACAUUAGCAAGAUAAGGAAUGCUGCAUACCUUCCUAAACACCCUGUGCCAUCGGUCCCCAACUUCAAGCCCACCAUGUCUGUCCCUGAUUGGCUGCUGGCCAUCCAGAACUACAUGAAGACACUGCAAUACAAUCACACAGGAACUCAGUUCUUUGAGAUAAGGAAAACUAGACCAUUGUGUGGGUUGAUGGAGACUGCGAGAGAAAUGAUCAGGGAAUCUCUUCCGAUCAAAUGCCUUGAAGCUGUCAUCCUUGGAAUCUACCUGACCAAUGGGCUGACCUCGGUGGAGCGUUUUCCCAUCAGCUUCAAGACCCAGUUCUCAGGGAACCACUUCCACCACGUGGUGCUGGGCGUCUACUGCAACGGACGCUAUGGCACGCUGGGCAUGAGCCGCCGCCAAGACCUCAUGGACAAGGCCCUGACCUUCCGCACGCUCAGCGAACUGGUGUUGGAGUUCGAGGACUCGUACCGUCGCUACCAGCACACCCUGAAGAAGGUGAAGAUCGGCCUGUAUGUGCCCCACGACCCGCACGUCUUCCAGCCCAUCGAGUGGAAGUACCUGGUGCUCAACGCCGCCCGUCUGGGGAGAGAGGACAUGAGGAAGGAGCUGGAGAAGCAUGGCCGAGACAUGAGGAUGAAGAUCCUGAAGUCGUCAAGUGCCCAGUCUCCCAUCAAAGAACGGAGCAGAGGCAAGUCUCUCUCCCCCCGCCGCCGACAGAGCAGCCCCCAAAGACGCCACAUCCACCGGAGAGACAAGUCUCCUGCGGCUCUGGAUCGAAAGCCUGCAGAACUCAGCACUUUGACUGACGGCUACCAGAUCCGCAUCUGAGACUCCUUGGAACUGGACAACAUUCUCCUGGUCUCCACUGUGACCACCCGGUCCGCCUCACACACCCUCAAAUAUAUUUACCAGACAUUGUGUAUAUCAUAAUUAUAAAGUAUUUAAAGGGUUUUUCCAGCCUCUUCUGUAGGGUGAAGAUGAUGACAUUAUGCUCAGUGCUAAACUGGAGGUUGACAUCCAGUAGGAACAAAUACAUUGAAUAUAUCAAAGGUAUAUAUUUCCUGUCCUUCAUGACCAGACGAACAAAAGCCUGAACAAGAGGUGUGUUUCAUUAUACACCUCCACACAUGCAUUAGCCACAUUAUACAUUUGCAUACAUAUCUAUUAUGUUUUUAAUAAAGGCCUGAUGCCUAAAUUGCAUGAAGACAUCAUAUCAAGACCUCUCAUGCGUUUAGAGAGGUACAUAUGUUGGAUUCUCUACAUCUUUUUUUAAAUCUGUUUUUGUAUAGCCUGUGUGCUUUUGUGUAGGAGAGCGACAGUCACAUUUCAUUUACUUUUACAAUGUGGACAUUCAUUUUUAAAAACUGAGAGUCUGUGGGUUACAAAAAUAGCCGGCAGUAUGCUGCCGGUAAAAAGGAUCAAAUAGUGUGACUGAUCAUCUAUUUUUUUCUCUCAAUAUAAUUAAUCUAUAGACUGAAUGGUUGUAAUGCCUAAGCCUGUAGAGGAUGUUAAGUAGUUAUCUGCUGGGCUGAGCUGUGAUGAUGUGGGAAGUGAAAGGGUGAGGGGAGAAAGAGAGAGAAGAGUUGGAGGAAACAGGAGGUACUGUAGGCUUGAGGUGAGGGGAACAGAGAGGGGCCAAAGACCAGGGCAGUCAAGCAGAGAGCCUGCUGCGUACUCUGCUAAACCCCAGCCCUGACACUGACUCCCUCUAUUAGCUCUCGGUUAGAUUAUCCCCCCUGUCUCUAUAGGCCCUCCUCUCUCACAGAUACAGUACUGGGCCCGGUUUCCCAAAGGCAUUUUAAGGCUAAGUUCAACGUUAGAACCAUCGCUUAAGAUGCUUUUGGGAAACCUGGCCCAGAUCAAUUCAUCUUUUAAGGAAAUCAAAGCUUGUGACAAUGAUGCUUUGAAGCUUAGCCAGAACAUUACCUUUUUAAUCCCAAGAGAAUUUGACCGUGACGUUGUGUUGAUUCAAAUGUCAACUCUGUUACACCUCAGCAUACAGACGUAUACGAAAACAUGUAUGGUAAUGUUAUGUAGCUCCUAACCUGAGGCCUUUCUGAAUCCUAUCACAGAAUCUUGAAGUUAAGAAUGCAAAUACUGAACUGAACACCACAAGACAGACACAUCAGUCAAAUCAAGGCUUCUAUGUCAUCUCAACUGCCAUGAUGCGGUGUUGAAGAUUGUUUCCAUUGUUUUUGUAGUAUUCAAAAGUCAUCAGAUAUCCAGGAGGGUGCCAACUGAACAAUGUCACAUUUUAUAGCUUUUGGUUAAACAAGCUAUGCACAUCAAACAGAAAUGAUAGAUCAUUGUAUGUCUUCCUCAAUCUAAAUAGUUUCGAGAUUGCAGCAGAAUUGAAAACCAGUCUCAUUUUCUUGAAUCCUGAACGAACUGAGAACAUAUCAGUUCUUGUGUUUCUAAUGAACAUUUUUUAUUCUAACGAUCAAAUUGUGAAUGGUGCUGCUAGUCUGACAGUAUACCAUCAAGGCCAACACUAUUGGUACCAGCCGUCUGAAAGACUAUAAGCACAAAAUAACCAGCUUAAUAUACAUGGCCAAAAGUAUAUGUAUUGGUGAAUUCGGCUGUUUCAGUCACACCCGUUGCUGACAGGUGUAUAAAAUCGAGCACACGGCCAAGGAAUCUCCAUAG